CUGUCCUCGCGUUUAUUGAAUACGUACUAUGGAACAUGAGGGAGAAGAUGACGCGCGGCCCACGUCAUCACCCAUGUACCAUGUGGAGAGACAAGUGUACAAUCAAGGGAUCCUGCACGGGCAGCUGCACACAAAGGACAAAACAACUCGGCCUCUUGGCCAAAAGAUAGCGCACACUCUUCGCUGUUCUUCCAAAAAAGCCAAAUCGGUCCUCUAUAGCUUUUUCCCGAUUUUAACAUGGCUUCCUCACUAUCCCGUGAAAGAAUAUUUGAUGGGAGACGUGGUCUCGGGGAUCAGCACGGGGGUCAUGCAGCUGCCUCAAGGAUUGGCGUAUGCGUCGCUGGCUGCAGUUCCUCCAGUCUUUGGCCUGUAUUCUUCAUUUUUUCCAGUCUUUCUAUAUACAUUUUUUGGAACUUCCAGACAUAUAUCAAUAGGAACCUUUGCUGUGAUCAGCCUGAUGAUUGGCGGAGUAGCUGUGAGAGAAGUCCCCGAUGAAUGGCCUGGCAUGACGGAGACCAACUCGACCAACGGGACCGACGCCCGCGAUGCUAUGCGGGUGAAAGUGGCAGUGGCGGUCACCUUGCUGUCAGGUCUUAUACAGUUGUGUUUAGGACUCCUUCGUUUUGGAUUUGUAGCCAUUUACCUGACGGAGCCCCUGGUGCGUGGAUUCACAACUGCAGCAGCCGUGCACGUGUUUACCUCUCAGCUGAAGUAUCUGCUCGGGAUUAAUAUCAAACGAUUCAGUGGCCCCCUGUCUGUUCUUUACAGCUUGAUUGAGGUGUUCUCCAAUAUCACCAAAACCAACACGGCCACUUUAGUCGUUGGGCUCAUCUGCAUCGUUCUGCUGUUGGGCGGCAAAGAAAUCAAUGAUCGCUUUAAGAAGAAGUUGGUGGUGCCGAUUCCGCUGGAGAUCAUUGUGGUGGUCAUCGGGACCGGAGUUUCAGCAGGAAUGAAUCUGUCCAAGACUUACGACGUCGAUAUUGUUGGAAACAUUCCGAGUGGAUUAUCCCGUCCUCAAGUACCUGACGUCAGCCUAAUCCCAGCAGUGUUUGUGGAUGCCAUUGCUAUAGCUCUUGUUGGGUUCUCCAUGACCAUCUCAAUGGCUAAAAUCUUUGCUCUCAAGCACGGCUACACAGUGGACGGAAAUCAGGAACUCAUCGCGCUGGGCAUCUGUAAUUCCACUGGGUCCUUUUUCCAGACGUUUGCCAUCACCUGCUCGAUGUCUCGGAGUCUUGUUCAGGAAGGCACUGGAGGGAAGACCCAGAUUGCAGGAACUUUGUCCUCAAUUAUGGUUUUCCUGGUGAUUAUCGCCAUCGGUUACCUCUUUGCACCGUUGCCACAGACUGUGCUGGCAGCGAUUGUGAUGGUCAACCUGAAAGGCAUGUUCAAACAGUUGGCAGAUAUCGCCCACUUUUGGAGAACCAGCAAGAUUGAACUGGCCAUUUGGAUUGUAGCUUUUUUGGCCUCGGUGUUCCUGGGCCUGGAUUACGGCUUGCUCACCUCAAUCACCUUCGCAGUGGUCACCAUUGUGUACAGGACCCAAAGUCCCCAAUAUAGAAUCCUUGGCCAGAUUCAAAACACGGAUAUUUAUUGUGAUGUGGACCUGUACGAAGAGGUGAAAGAAUAUCCUGGGAUUAAAAUAUUCCAGGCAAAUGCACCGCUCUAUUUUGCCAACAGUGAAUUAUUUACCAGCGCGUUGAAAAAAAAGACUGGUGUGGAUCCGGGUAAAAUAUCGGCAGCAAAGAAAAAAGCACGAAAACGACACGCCAAGGAACUGAAGCAGCUGGAUGAACAGCAUAAGAAAGCCGUCUUGAAGAUGACGAACAACAUGGAGCGUGGUAUGAACCACGAAGUGUUGGAAAAUGAAGUCUCCCUUAAUGGGAAAUUCGCAGCGGCCGAAGACACACCGCAAAAUGUCUCUCCGGAGGAAGUGGAACAUUUUAUGAUACCGGGAAGCCACGUCCACUCCAUCAUUCUAGAUUUUUCACCCGUGAACUUUGUGGAUUCGGUUGGAGCAAAAGCCCUUCAGUCAAUUAUAAAAGAAUACGAAGAAAUCGGGGUUUCGGUCUACAUAACGGCCUGCAAUGGCUCUGUUAUGGACAACCUCACCAGACUGCAUUUUUUUGAGAAAGCAGCCUUAUGGGACUCGUUCUUCCCCAGUGUUCACGACGCUGUCCUGGCCAGCCAGGCGACGGGCUUCUCUUCCACCUAUCUUUAACUCAGCUGCUCCAUUGUGAACCACGUGGAUCUAUUUCCAAGGGCUCCUGUAGACAAUUUAUUUAAUAUGCGCAGAUGACAGAGCCUCAGACAAGCCACUCCUACGGGUAAGGUGUGUCUGCACCGCACCGCACCACAACAGCCUGUUCCCUGCCGGCCCUGGGUUCUUAAGACUCCGGAAGCCUUAAUCCUUUCAA